CUCUCUCUUUAUUUGUCUUCAACUUCUCAGAAUCUUGAGUCUUCCCUUUCGUAUUUGUGGUUUUGCUCCUCCAUUUCUUCACCGUUUUAUCUGCCAGGGUUUGAAAUGGAGACGAAGGACAAAAUGAAUGAUGAAGAACUUGCUGUGGAGUCUCCAACUUCGGUUCUCGAAGAUGAGGAUGUUUGUGCCCCCAAAGAUGAAGUUCAGUUGGAGGAAGAGUUAAUUGCUGAUGUCAUAGACGAUGGGUCGUCUCUUGUAUCGAAAACUAUGGCGGAGGAGGAAGCGAAGUUACUUAAUGCUAGGAUAAAGGAAGAGGAGGUUCAGUGCGAGGAGGCACCUGACCUCAACGACACACAGUUUAACAAAUUGGAUGAGCUUUUGACUCAGACCAAGCUGUACUCCGAAUUUUUGCUGGAGAAAAUGGAUGACAUCACACUUAAUGUGGGUGAACAAGUGAAAAUGGAAGAGCAAGAGAGCAAUCCUUCUGCAAAGAGGGGUAGGGGAUCGAAAAGAAAAGCUGCUUCCCAGUGCAAUACUAGGAGGGCCAAAAGGGCAGUUGCUGCCAUGCUGACAAGAUCUAAAGAAGGUGAGGGGACUGUAGAUAUGAAAAUGACUGAGGAAGAAAGAGUUGAGAAGGAGCAGAAAGAGCUCAUGCCUUUACUGACAGGGGGAAAAUUGAAGCCUUAUCAACUAAAGGGUGUAAAGUGGUUGAUUUCCUUGUGGCAAAAUGGAUUGAAUGGAAUUCUUGCUGAUCAAAUGGGUCUUGGAAAGACAAUCCAAACUAUUGGAUUUCUCUCACAUCUAAAAGCGAAAGGUCUGGAUGGGCCAUACAUGAUAAUUGCUCCUCUAUCAACCCUUUCAAACUGGGUGAACGAGAUUUCUAGGUUUGCACCAUCACUUCCUACAAUUAUCUACCAUGGUGACAAGAAGGAGAGAAAUGAGAUCCGAAGGAAAUACAUGCCUAGAACAAUUGGCCCAAAAUUUCCCAUAGUCUUAACUUCUUACGAGGUUGCAUUAAAUGAUGCCAAGAAAUAUUUUAGGCCAUACAGUUGGAAAUAUCUCGUUAUUGAUGAGGGACACAGGCUCAAAAAUUCACAAUGCAAAUUAGUAAAGGCAUUGAAAUACUUAACUGUUGAAAACAAGCUUCUUCUAACUGGAACUCCACUUCAGAACAACUUGGCCGAACUAUGGUCUCUAUUGAACUUCAUUUUGCCUGAUAUUUUUGCAUCCCUUGAAGAGUUCGAGUCAUGGUUUAAUUUGUCAGCGAAGGGCAAUAAUGAAGCAACCAAGGAAGAACUAGAAGAGAAACGAAGAUCCCAAGUAGUAGCAAAGCUCCAUGCUAUUCUUCGACCCUUUCUUCUGCGUAGGAUGAAGUCUGAUGUGGAGAUUAUGUUGCCAAAGAAAAAAGAGAUUAUUAUCUAUGCAAACAUGACCGACUAUCAGAAGAAGUUGCGGGAUCAUUUAGUUAAUAAGACGUUGGGAAACUAUUUAAAAGAAAAAAUGUCAAGCGGACGCCCUUUUCCUGCAAGUGCGCUUCGUAAUUUGGCUAUUCAGCUUAGGAAAGUGUGUAACCAUCCCGAUCUUAUAGAUCCAGACUGUGAUCAUACAUAUUUAUAUCCUCCUGUAAAUGAAAUAGUUGAACAGUGUGGAAAAUUCCAUUUGCUUGAUCGAUUGGUGCAACGUUUAUUUGCAAGGAAUCACAAAGUUCUUGUCUUCAGUCAGUGGACUAAAGUGUUAGAUAUAAUAGAUUAUUAUUUUAGUGAAAAAGGCUUUGAAGUUUGCAGGAUUGAUGGUUCUGUGAAACUGGAUGAUAGGAAACGACAGAUCCAGGACUUCAACGAUGAAAAUAGCAAUUGCAGAGUUUUUCUUCUUUCUACUAGGGCUGGUGGAUUGGGAAUCAACCUUACUGCAGCUGAUACUUGCAUUCUUUAUGACAGUGACUGGAAUCCUCAGGUGGAUUUGCAGGCCAUGGAUAGGUGUCAUAGAAUUGGUCAAACAAAGCCUGUUCAUAUCUACCGGCUGUCAACUGCUCAAUCCAUAGAGGAUCGCAUGUUGAAAAGGGCUUUCAGCAAAUUGAAGCUUGAGCAUGUGGUGAUUGGGAAAGGACAGUUUCAUCAAGAGCGUAAAGCUGUCAAUACUGAUCAGAUAGAGGAAGAGGAUGUUUUGGCAUUGCUUCGUGACGAUGAAACAGAUGAAGAUAAAAUGAUACGAACAGAUAUUAGUGAUGAAGACCUGGAGAAGCUCAUGGAUCGCAGUGAUCUUAUCGUCAACAACUCAGACGAACCUCCAUGCAGUUCCUUUCCUCUUAAAGGUCCAGGGUGGGAGGUGGUGAUUCCAACUGCGACUGGAGGUGUACUCUCUACUCUCAACAGCUAGUUUGUCGUCACUAUUGAUUGGCCUCAGAGCUUGAAAAACCUGCUUUUUUGUGGUGUGAUAUAUGGCAUUUUAAGAUGGUCGCAUAUGUCACGGCGGUAACGUCCUGAGGGGUAUUCACUUUUGUAGAUUCUUUUAACUGAACUACACGUUUUGAAAUGAAUACUCAACUUAUUCAGUGGCGAGCGAAAAUUAUCUUGGGUUUGUCUUGGAA